AUGAUGACGACAUCUAUCUUCGAUACAAUGCUCCCUCCUGGGGGCAUCAUUUUGGAGCAGGUGUUGGCUAAAGGGAACAAUAGGUGGAGCAGUGUUGCAUCUUCAACAUUAACGACAGGCGGUCUCGGUGACAUAGCGCAAUUGGGUCUCGAUGCUGGACGCGUGUUGAUGGGCGCGCGCAAGAGGGUGGCACUGUCUGGCGCCAUGGUGGUGUCGACAGCAGAAGGGUUUGGCAAGCUCAUUGGUUGGACACCACUGAUAGAACUGAGAAACAUCACUGAGAAAGACGGCAUAGGUGCUCGGCUUAUUGGGAAGAUUGAGCCGUACCAGCCCCUUUCCUCUGUGAAGGAUCGGAGUGCUCUCAGAUUGAUCGAAGAUGCAGAGGAGAAAGGCUUGAUCACACCUGGCAUCACAACGCUGCUGGGGGUCACGAGUGGUAAUCUCGGCAUCGGCGUGGCGUUCAUUGCUGCUCAGAAAGGAUACAAGUUCAUCGCCCUCAUGCCUGCUAAACUCUCGCUUGAUAAGCAGAUACUAAUGCGAUUCCUUGGCGUAGAAGUGGUAUUAGUUGGUAAGGACCUGAGGUACCAUGACCCUCAUAUCACGUGCCAGAUGGUAACAUCCUUGUCUCCUGCAGAUGCUGUACAGCAUGGAUUCAAAGCUUUACUCGAUAGGGUAGAACAGAUGAAGAAGGAUGUGGAAGAUGUGUAUGUUCUAGAUCAAUUCACCAACCCUGCAAAUCCCGAUGCCCACUUCAGAUGGACUGGACCUGAGAUAUGGAAAGAUACAGCAGGCAAAGUGGACAUAUUUAUAGCUGCUUCAGGUUCAGGCGGCACCAUCACAGGUGGCGAGCCAGCCUUCCACAACAUCCUAGGAAUAGGGCCAGGUUUUGUCCCAGAAAUACUGGAUAGAUCCCAGAUAGAUGAAAUUGUAACAGUAACUACUCAAGAAGCUAUGGACAUGGCUAGAAGGUUGGCAAGGGAAGAAGGGUUGCUUGUUGGCAUAUCUUCAGGCGCAAAUGCAGCCGCCUGCUUAAAGGCAAGCUCUCUUUUUCAACAGUCUAGGAUCUUUUCUCAUUUGCAGAUGCUACAGUGA